UAUAUCAGGAAAGCUAACGUAGUAUCUUACUCUUUAAGUAUUGAGUAAGGAAUAUAGAUAUAUUUUUUGUGCUGCAAUAUUAGUCAUAUAAAUCAAUUUUCAGAGCCUCUUUUAUUCGCGAUCCUCCGGUGUGAGUCUUCGAAGCGAGCAUCCAGCGCUCUUGCGCGGAAUUCACUUGUAUUUGGAUGGAGCUUCCUCGGCCUCAGCGUUCUAAAUUUUCCUCCACGCCGAAAUCAGCGACAUAUUCUUGGUUUCGGAGCCGAUUCGAGCCGAAGCGUAUACACAUCUGGGAGACGGUGUCGUCUGCGUGGGACUGGGUGGAUGUCUCCAUGUUCUCACCGCCCAAGGACUCGUGCGGAUCGCACUAUCUCCGCUAGAGCAAGCAUCUCUCUCGUCAAGUGACUUUGAGCUUCGCCCUCAGAAAGCCGAUCAUGAGAGUCAAAUAUAAAGUGACGGCACGAUCCCCGACCUCUCGCCCGAGUCCCCUGGGAUGCAUACGAUUUCCUUACCGUUCAGUCAAACCGUUGCCUCGGUCGCUGGGGCCGGCGUGGUGUGCCAUCUGCUCUUCAACCGCCUGGAGCCACGGCGACUCGAGGCGUUAUUCGCGCUGCUGAUAGUACCGCCUGCCAUACUCGUCUACGGGCUUCAAGUGUCGCGGCAUGCAGGUGGAGUAGAUGGAGGAGGAGGAGGGAGAGGGGGAGGUCUGUGGGGUGCAGUCGCGGCGACGUACGGCGUCUACUACGCGUCGCUGCUGGCCUCGCUGCUGACGUACCGGCUAUCUCCGUUCCAUCCCCUCGCACGUUAUCCGGGUCCGCUUCUAUGCAAGGUGUCCAAGAUAUGGCUGACGGCACUGUCGAUGGGAGGCAAGCAGCACAUCUACUACUACGAUCUGCACCAGAAGUACGGGGAUGUCAUCCGUGUCGGCCCGAACGAACUGUCGUUCCGACACGUGAACGCCGUCCAGCCGAUGAUGGGAACGCAGGAUGGCUUGCCGAAAGCGGAGUGGUGGGACGGUCGGAAACCGCAGAAACUCACUUUCCGGCCGAUAUUCAGGCUGCGGAAUCCCGAAGAACACGCUCGUCGCCGACGGUCGUGGAACCGGGCGUUCAGCUCACCGAUGCUCAAGGAAUACGAGACCAUGGUCGAGACUCGCGUGGCCCAAAUGGUCGAUUUGAUUUCGUCCAAGAAAGGCGAGGUGCUCGACUUGUCCAAAUGGCUUGGCUGGUUUGCUUACGAUAUCAUGAACGAUGUCAUAUUCAGCACCGGCGGGAACGCCAUGGAGACGGAGGACAAAGACGAGAUGCUGGAAUUCAUCGCAAAUUGUCAACCAACUGCAUUAUUCUUGAGCCACCUGCCCUGGGCUGCUGCAUUCUAUCGGUGGAUCCCUGGUAUUGGCGGACAUCUUCGGAAUUAUCGGACAUAUGCAGCUCGCAGGGCGAUCGAACGAAAGCAAUCCGGCUCAACCCGGAAAGACGUUUUCUACCAUCUGAUCGACGAGCCUGGUGUGGAAACUGCGCCUGUGGCGCUGCAACAGGUCAUAGUCGACGGCGCGCCCGGAAUUACUGCUGGAGCGGAGACGACCUCGACAAGCCUGAGCAACAUCUUUUGGCUGCUGCUCAAACAUCCGCAGACCUUGGCCCGGCUGCGGGAAGAAGUCGACGACCCGCAGUGGAACAUCACUGAAAUGGCUGCGCAAGCGCGCAUGCCAUAUUUGAAUGCUGUGAUAAACGAAGCCUUGCGCCUGUAUCCCGCGGUCUUGAGUGGGAGUCCGCGCGCACCACUGGUCGGCAGUGGUGGACAAGCGGUGGGAUCAGACUUCCUACCGGAAGGGACUACAGCCCUCGUGCACACGUACUCGCUCCAGCGCGAUCCACGGAAUUUUUCACCCUUCUCUGAGGUGUUCAUCCCCGAACGUUGGUUGCCAACCGAAGACCAGCUCAAGCUCGAGCCUGCCCUGUUCGGCAACCAUGAAGUGAUUCACAACACUGCGGCGUUUAUUCCAUUCUCCAUCGGGCCGGCGAACUGCGUCGGCCGCAAUCUGGCCAAUCAGGUCAGUCAGAGGCCUUUUCGCGAUUCGCAGCACGUUGAGACUAUUUGCACGCACACAGGAAAUGAGGAUGCUGAUCUGCGCGUUGGUCAGCAAAUUCGAUAUGGAAUUCGAGCCCGGAUUCGAUCCGAGUACCUGGGAGCGGGAUCUGUUGGACUUUUAUGUGGUCUGGCGAGGCCGGCUGCCCGUGAUCUUUGCUUCACGAUAAACGAUGUAUCCCAUUUUCCUAGAUUGGGAUCAACUUCACGCGACACGUCGCGUGCCUUGCUGAUGAUUAGGCUACAAAUGUGAGAAGGAAGUUUGGAAAGAAGCAAUGUAGAGUGGCCCGCAGAGCCAACUCUAUCUGAUCGCGUAACCUGAGUCAUUACGAAGACAGGCGGUCGUUCCUGGUGCUUCGAGAAUUACUAUGUGCCGGGUCCGAGUCAAGUCGAUAUCAAACUCUCACAGAUGAAAUUCAAGUCGGGAAUAUUUGUUGAAAUUUCUAUUCAUCUCAUGUAGUGUAACG